UUCACUAAUUAGUAGAUAAGAACUACUUUAGGUGAAGGGAAAGACAGCACACAGUGCAGGGAGGUCAGCACAACUGGACUAAACCAAAAGCAAAGAAGUUUCCGGAAUAAACUGAAUGCUUUGAAGGCCAGCGUAGCAGCGGCAGGGGUCUGGGGACCAUGGUUUCAGGGGACAUCUAAGUCAAUUGGCACAAUAAAAUCUAUUAACAAAACAUUCUGCAUCCCACUUUGAAGAGUGGCAUCUGGGGUCUUAAACGCUAGCAAGCAGCCAUCUAAGAUGCAUCAAUUGGUCUCAACCCCCCUGGAUCAAAAGAGAAUGAAGAACACCAAGGACAGUGAUUAUGAGCCCAAGAGACAGAAAGGGCCACAUGAACCAGCGACUACAUCAUCCUGAGACCAGAAGAACUAGAUGGUGCCCGGCUACAACUGAUGACUGCCCUAACAGAGAACACAACAGAGAACCCCUGAGGAAGCAGGAGAGCAGUGGGAUGCAGACCCCAAAUUCUCAUAAGACCAGACUUAAUGGUCUGACUGGGACUGGAAGGACCCCGGUGGUCAUGGCCCCCAGACCUUCUGUUGCCCCAGGACAGGAGCCAUUCCCGAAGCCAACUCUUCAGACAUGGAUUGGACUGGACAAUGGGUUGGAGAGGGAUACUGGCGAGGAGUGAGCUUCUUGGAUCAGGUGGACACUUGAGACUAUGUUGGCAUCUCCUGCCUGCAGGGGAGAUGAGAGGAUGGAGGGGGUUAGAAGCUGGUGAAAAGGACACAAAAAGAGAGUGGAGGGAGAGAGCGGGCUGUCUCAUUAGGGGGAGAGUAAUUGGGAGUGUGUAGCAAGGUGUAUAUGGGUUUUUGUGUGAGAGGCUGACUUGAUUUGUUAAACUUUCAUUUAAAGCACAAUAAAAAUUAAUAAAAAAAUACAAAAAUACAAAUGAACAUUUUAGCCUAUGGAAAUAUAUCAUCUUGAGAAAAUGAAGAGUAUAAAAGUUUGAUCUCCUUGUAGAGUUCUAUAAACUUAAAAAAAAGUUACAGAAUACCGGUAAGAAAAAUUAUCCAAAAUAUAGAAAUAAGGCUGAGUGCAUAAUCUUUUCAACGCCAUACUAAGGCAUUGUUUCCAUGAGCCCGCCCAAGGGUUAUUACCCACAGGAAUGUUAUUUGUUUAUUUACGACUAACGGUUUUUAAGGGUUUAGGCUAUGAAAUUACAAGUUAACUUGUAGAUACUGUCCAGGAGAGAUGCAAAAAAUACUUAUAUCCCAUAGAACAGAUAACCUCAAAGGUUAUAGUUUUCAUUGCCCUGUGGGACAUCAACCAGUUAUAAAUCUACCUAUUCUAACAUUCCUGUUGAAAUGCCUACCCAGUUGCCAUUUCAGUGGGAACCCCCUCACUGAUGAAUUUAUAAACUGUAGUUAUAUGUUCAUUCCGUACUUAGAAGUCGUGUUUUAAGUUUUUGAAAAUUAUACUUUGAGAACACAGUGUGAUUUUUUAAAACGUUCUUUAAAAUUACAUAUAUAUAUGUACACCUAGUUGUAUGAAAUUGCAUAAAGAUGGGGCCAGAAGAUGCCCACUCACCAAAUGGUUGAAGGGGUUACCUGUGUUGGGGUGGGGGUAGAAGAGGGUGAUUGUGACCUUUUCGUCUAUAUGCUUGUGUAUUAUUCAAAUCUUUGACAAGAACACAUUCAUUUAUUACUUGGGUAAUUUGUUUAAAUAGCAUUGAGCUAGGAACCUAACGUAUAAAAAAAUCAUUUGUUUUCAAAUGAGAGCUAAGGUAAAAACAGGAGUUUCAGCAGUGGGACCCUGGUUGGACACUGAGGGUAUCACCCCCUCUACUGUGGUAAGGAUGGGGGUCUGAGGGACUGUUGUGAUUCAUAACACUGAUUGGGCAGCGAGCACAGAUGGUGGGUGCAGGACCCCUAACCCAGCUUCUAGGAGACAGGACUUCCUGGGUUGGCCUGGCCUGGGAAGUAGUUUGCAGGGCAGCCCGUCAGGCAGGAAAGGCAGUAGAGCGGCUGACGUUAAAUGCUUUCCUCCUCGGUUCUCUUACUUCACUUCCUGGGAGCUUGUGUGUCCCGCCACACCAUUUGGGGCUGCUUUUCCAGCUUAUUUUGUUGACACCUGGACUUUUCACUUCUUACAUGAAUGGGCGACACUUUUUCUUCCUGGUUUCCCUCUGCCCCUGCCCGUUCACAAGCCUCAGGUAGAACCUCAGUUUCAGCGCUCACUCCCUCAUUCAUUGGCUGUGAAAGCAAGAGCAAGAGUCCCUCUCUGGGCCUCACACUCAUGUGCAAAACAGGAUAUAUACCACCAGCCCCAGCUUCCUCCUGAGCUGCUGGAAAGAUGCAAGUGAUGGGAAUGAAAAUGCUUUGGGCACCUGAGGGUGGCAGAGAGAACACGGGUCAGUAUGGAGACCCUGAAGGAACACAUGGGAGGAUAAUGGCAGAGAGAACAUGGGUCAGCAUGGAGACCCUGAAGGAACACAUGGGAGGAUAAAGAGUCAGCUGGCCUUGGGCCAGAUCUGGGGAGGGCAUGGGGAAGCUACUGGGAAUCGGUGCCAAGGGACACUAUUGUCCCUUCCCUGAGUCCUCCCCAUUCGGGGCUGGAGCAAAUACUUGGAACUUGGAAUUCACCCUAGGGCCUCCCCGCACCUGGCAGUGCCCUCCUACUACACACCUGGGUCCUAGUCUGAUCUUAGACUUGCCGUGGGCCUGGGACCUGUCUCUGGACUGUUCUGAGCCCCUGCCUUCAUCUGAAGAAUGUGCCCACACUACCUCCUCUGUGGGACUGUGGAGGGGACGCAGGACACACACUCGCAUACCAAGUGUGAGAGGUGGGCUGAGGGAUGCUGUCACCAACGGGAUGGGCCCCCGCUGAUGAGUGCCUUCACUGGCACACCCCUCCACAACUCGGAGCACCCUCGGCCCCCGUAUUAGCAGGCACCAGCCUGUGUUCUGGAAUCCUGUCCCCUUCUAUGUCCUCCUGGUUCUAGAAGCCUGCUGCUCUUCCAGACUGUCCUCUCUAGAACAGGAGGGCUCUGCUGCUUUCCUGGGCGGUGCCUGCUGGCACAGGCUCCACCAUCCGACUUGAGUCUCUGUGGCUGCCAGGAUGCGGUGGCAGGACCGCCUGGCGGUGCUCUUCUUUCCACAAGGCUUGAUGCUCACUGUGGCGGCACUGAUGCUCUUCUUCGUACACCUGAGUGUCUUUGCCAGCGACAUACACAACUUCUGUGUCACCCACAACUACAACCGCAUGAGCUUCCACUACACGGUCUUCCUGAUAUUCUCCCAGGUGAUCAGCAUCUGCUGGGCUGCCAUGGGGUCACUCCAGGCUGAGAUGACAGGUGACAAGUUCCUUCGCUGCUUUGCCCUGACCACCCUGAUGCUAAACGGAGCCAUGUUCUUCAGCCGCCUGUCCCUGGAAUUUCUGGCCAUCCAGUAUCGGGAGGAGAGCCACUGAGGCGUAGGGACUGGAGGCGGGCUGCGAAAGAGGAAGGAAAAGGCAGCUCGGUGUUUUAAUAAAGUCU